CUAGUGAAUUCUGGUUGCUGAGCAUGCGCAGUCGGGGUUUCUGCUUUGCAACUGCAGGCUCUCGCAGAAGGAGGGAAGCCUGAGUGGCGGUUCAGCUGUUAUUUAGCGCUAAAACAACAGCUGUCUGGACACAAAGGGAGUAGAUCCGUGAGAUGGAAUUUGGAUGCCAGUAAUCUUCAUCCCUCAUUAUGGAGAUAUUUUUCGGAGCUGCCUUGGAGCAGGGAUUAAAGAUAGAAAAGGAAGACUCAGAUGGCCGGGAAGCAAGAAAAGGCCCUGAGACCAGCCAGGCUGGGAACAGCAGGGAAUUCUGGGAAAGAGCUGAGCAGAAGAUGUUUGGAGUGGAAGAGGACGCCACCAGCUCAACUGUGCAGCAUCAAAGGUUCAGGCAGCUCUGCUACCAGGAGGCCGAGGGACCCCGGGAGGUUUGCAGCCAACUCCACAGGCUUUGCUGCCGGUGGCUGAAGCCGGAAAGGCACACCAAGAAGCAGAUCGUAGACCUGGUGGUGCUGGAGCAGUUCCUGACCAUCCUGCCCACGGAGAUGGAGAGCUGGGUCAGAGAAUGCGGAGCAGAGACCACUUCCCAGGCGGUGGCUCUGGCCGAAGGUUUCCUCCUGAGUUGGGCAGAGGAUGAAAAGCCAGAAGAGCAGCAGAUGCAAGACCUGCCAUCAGAAGUGGCCCCUGAUUUCCCUGAGGCAGAGGAGGCUCCAUCGGACACCAGGCAGGGGCUGCCCCCUAGCGGGAUCAAACAAGAGGGUGAUGGAGGUACAGCCUUGCUAGAUGCUGGAAUGAAACUGCCCAGCCGUCCUCAUCCAUCUCUUCUUUCUGGGGGAGCAGAAGAAGCUUCACGAAGACGGGAUCAGGUGACCUUUGAGGAAGUGGCUGUGCAUUUCACGGAGGAGGAGUGGGCGCUGCUGGAUCCAGCCCAAAGAGCCCUGCACAGAGAAGUCAUGGAGACGAAUGCUGGGAAUCUGGCCUCUCUGGAAGCUGAGAGUGGGAAGAAUGAAGGAAAACCUAGUGGAGGAAUUUUGGGAGGCAAAAGAGGGGGAAAGAAGGAACAUCAGAAACUAAAAACAGGAGUGAAAUGGAAGAACAAGAAGGGAUCAUCCUCUUCUCAUCAGGCAACCCAAAAAAUACUGCAGAAAGAACAAGAGAGAAGUCUGUGCCCUCCAAGCAGGAAAAGCUCCAGUUCAGAACCAAGCUCUAAACCUCAAGGGGGAAAUCACAGAGGGGAGGAACCACAUAAAUGUUUGGAGUGUGGAAAGAGCUUCAGCACAAAGGGAAACCUUACUAGACAUCAAACAAUCCACACCGGAGAGAAACCUUAUGAAUGUGGGGUGUGUGGAAAGCGCUUCAGACGGAAAGGAGCACUUACAAUACACCAGAGAAUCCACACUGGGGAUAAACCAUAUAAAUGCUUGGAGUGUGGAAGAUGUUUUAGCAGGAGUGAAGAUCUUACUAUACACCAUAGAACUCACACUGGGGAGAAACCAUAUAAGUGCUUGGAGUGUGGAAAGAGCUUCAUCCAGAAUAAAGAUCUUACUAAACACCAUAGAACUCACACUGGGGAGAAACCAUAUAAGUGCUUGGAGUGUGGAAAGAGCUUUAGCCAGAAUAAUGAUCUUACUAUACACCAUAGAACCCACACCGGGGAGAAACCAUAUAAAUGCUUGGAGUGUGGAAAGAGCUUCAGCCUGAAUAGAGGUCUUACUUUACACCAUAGAACCCACACAGGGGAGAAACCACAUAUAUGCUUGCAGUGUGGAAAGAGCUUUAGGCAGAGUGGAGCUCUUACUAGACAUCAGAGAACCCACACUGGGGAGAAACCACAUAUAUGCUUGGAGUGUGGAAAGAGCUUCAGACAUAGUAGAGAUCUCAAUAUACAUCAUAGAACCCACACUGGGGAGAAACCACAUAUAUGCUUGGAGUGUGGAAAGAGCUUCAGACAUAGUAGAGAUCUCAAUAUACAUCAUAGGACACACACUGGGGAGAAACCAUAUGAAUGCCUAGAGUGUGGAAAGGGCUUCAGCCAGAUGGGAACUCUUACUUUACACUUCAGGACCCACACUGGGGAGAAACCACAUCAAUGCUUGGAGUGUGGAAAGAGUUUCAGCCGGAGUGCAUACCUUACUAUACAUCAUCGAACCCACACUGGGUCAAAACCACAUAAAUGCUUGUUGUGUGGCAAGAGUUUCAGCCGGAGUGGACACCUUACUAUACACCAUCGAACGCACACUGGGGAGAAACCACAUAAAUGCUUGGAGUGUGGAAAGAGCUUCAGAACAAAGGGAGAACAACUUGUACACCAGAGAACACACACUGGGGAGAAACCACAUAAAUGCUUGAAAUGUGGAAAAAGCUUCGGAACAAGUGGAAACCUUACUUUACACUAUAGAACCCACACAGGGGAGAAACCACAUAAAUGCUUGGAGUGUGGAAAGAGCUUCAGCCGGAGAGGAGCACUUACUAUACACCAUAGAAACCACACUGGAGAGAAACCAUAUCAUUGCUUGGAAUGUGGAAAGAGCUUCAACUCGAGAGGGGAACUUAAUAUACACCAUAGAACCCACACUGGGGAGAAACCACAUAAAUGCUUAGAAUGUGGAAAGAGCUUCAAUGAGAGGGGAGCUCUUACUAGACAUCAUAGGAUCCACACUGGGGAAAAACCGCAUGAAUGCUUUGAGUGUGGGAAGAGCUUCAUCACGAGGGGAGACCUUAAGAAUCACCAUAGAAUCCACACUGGGGAGAAACCAUAUAAAUGCUUUGUGUGUGGAAAGAACUUCAGAAGGAGAGGACAAUUUACUAAACACCAUAGAAUCCACGUUGGCGAGUGUGGUAAAAUGCAGAGCUCCAUCUUGGCUCAAGAUUGCCUGAUACUUCCUGCAUGCUCUGAAUGGGAGACAUCAUCCCUCCCUUUUGUAACUGAAUGAGGACAAUUCUUGCUUUUGCCAUUCAGGCAACAGGGCCAUCCAGCUAUAGGCCUAACUCCCUUUCCACAAUUGGGAACAAGCUCCAAGCAGACCGAACUUAAGACAUUGAAGUUCAGACCCAUUAAGAAGGAGGAACCUCCAGUUUGGAGGGGAAACCUCAACCCUUGAUUGGCCUAAGACCAGAGUUACAUCAGAACUGCGCUGACUCUUUCCAUUGGAUCCAAGAACUGCCUGUCUCUGGAAGAGUAGGGAAGCUUUCCCCCUCUUUAAUCACUAUGAAAUAGGAGCCAAGGAACCCACUAUUUUGUGAAGAGUACCAUCAUGGCUUCCACGCAAGCAGGUACUUAAGAACAGCCCUGCUGGAUCUGGCCCAAGGAUGCCCAUCUAGUCCAGCAUCCUGGACACAAUGGCCCACCAGAUGCCUCUGGAAGCCCACAGGCAGGAGUUGAAAGGGGCAUGCCCUCUCUCCUGCUGUUACUCCCCUGCAACUGGUACUCAGAGGCAUCCUGCCUUUGAGGCUGGAGGUGGUCUAUAGCCCUCCGACUAGUAGCCGUUGAUAGACCUCUCCUCCAUGAAGUGAUCCAAACCCCUCUUCAAGCCAUCCUGGUUGUUGGCUGUCACCACAUCUUGUGGCAGGGAAUUCCACAAGUUGAUUAUGCGUUGUGUGAAAAAGUACCGUUGCCUAGUUCUAGAUUUCCUGGCAAUCAAUUUCAUGGGAUGACCCCUGGUUCUAGUGUUAUGGGAGAGGGAGAAGAAUUUCUCUCUAUCCACUUUCUCCACACCAUGCAUGAUUUUAUAGACCUCUCUCAUGUCUCCCCGCAUUCGUCUUUUUUCUAAACUAAAUAGCCCCAGGUGUUGUAGCCUUGCCUCAUAAGAAAGGUGCUCUAGGCCCUUGAUCAUCUUAGUUGCCCUCUUCUGCACCUUUUCCAGUUCUAUAAUGCCCUUUUUUCGAUGUGGUGACCAGAAUUGUACACAGUACUCCAGGUGCGGCCACACCAUAGUUUUGUAUAAGGGCAUUAUAAUAUUAGCAGUUUUAUUUUCAAUCCCCUUCUUAAUGAUCCCUAGCAUAGAAUUGGCCUUUUUUACAGCUGCCGCACAUUGAGUCGACACUUUCAACGAGCUGUCUACCACAACCCCAAGAUCCCUCUCCUGGUCAGUCACCGACAGCUCAGAUCAAAUCAGCAUAUACUUUAAGUUGGGGUUCUUCGACCCAAUGUGCAUCACUUUACACUUGCCAAUAUUGAACUGCACUUUGUCGCCCACUCACCCAGUUUGGAGAGAUCCUUUUGGAGCUCUUCACAAUCGGUUAUGGAUUUCACUACCUGAAAGAGUUUGGUAUCAUCUGCAAAUUUGGCCACCUCGCUGAUUACCCCUGCUUCUAGAUCAUUUAUGAAUAAAUUAAAAAGCACCGGUCCCAGUACAGAUCCCUGGGGGACCCCACUUCUUACUUCCCUCCAUUGUGAAAACUCUCCAUUUAUCCCUACCUUCUGUUUCCUGUCCUUGAACCAGUUACCAAUCCACAUAUGUAAUUGUCUCCUUAUACCAUGACUGCUAAGUUUCCUCAGGAGUCUUUGAUGAGGAACUUUGUCAAAAGCUUUUUGGAAGACCAGGUAUACUAUGUCAACUGGAUCACCUUGAUCCACACACUUGUUGACACUGUCAAAGAACUCCAAAAGUUUGGUCAGGCAAGAUUUACCUUUGCGGAACCCAUGCUGGUUCACUCCCAGCAGGGCCUGUUCUUCUAUGUGCUUUACAAUUUUAUCCUUGAGGCUGCUUUCCAUCAAUUUGACUGGAACGGAUGUUAAGCUAACCGGCCUGUAAUUUCCCAGAUCACCCCUGGACCCCUUCUUGAAAAUUGGUGUUACAUUUGCUACUCUCCAGUCCUCUGGUACAGAACCUGAUUUCAGGGAUAAGUUAUAUAUUUUAGCAAGGAGGUCAACAAUUUCUCAUUUGAGUUCUUUGAGGACUCUUGGAUGGAUGCCAUCCGGCCCUGGUGAUUUGUUAGUUUUCAGUUUUUCCAGACAGUUUAGAACAUCAUUUCUCGUCACUUCUAUCUGGCUCAGUUCUUUAGCUGCCAUCCCUGAAAAGCCUGGUUCAGGAACAGGUAUAUGCUCAGUAUCCUCUGCCGUGAAGACAGACGCAAAGAACUCAUUUAGCUUCUCUGCAACCUCCAUAUCCUCCUUAAUAAUCCCUUUCACUCCCUCCAUAUCCCUCCUUAAUAAUCCCUUUCACUAAUGGUCCACCUGCCUCCCUGGCAGGUUUCCUGCUUCUGAUGUAUUUAAAGAAGUUUUUGUUAUUCCCCUUGAUCCUUUUAGCUAAAUGUUCCUCAAAUUCUCUUUUCACCUCCCUUAUUGUUGCCUUGCAUUUCUUUUGCCAGAGUUUGUGUUCCUUUCUGUUCUCUUCAUCUGGACAGGCCUUCCAGUUUGGAAGGAAGUCUUCUUCCCUUUUAUGGCUUCCUUGACAGUACCCGUUAGCCAUGCUGGCAUCUUCCUGGACUUACUGGUACCUUUCCUCCUUUUGGGUAUACAAUCUAACUGGGCUUCUAGUAUUGUGGUUUUGAGUAAACUCCAUGCACAAAGCGAAGCGACUGUCCUGAUUUUCCCUUUCAACUUCCUUUUCACCAUACUCCAUAAGUUUCCUCUUCUGAAGUUCAAAAUGUCUGUGUUAGACUUCCUUUGUGAUUCUCUUCCCACAUGUAUGCUGAAUUUGAUGGCACUAUGGUCACUGUUCCCUAAACGGUUGAUGACACUGACAUCCCGCACCAGAUUCUGGGUGCCACUCAGAAUUAAGUCCAAGGUUGCCUUCUCUCUGGUCGGUUCCAAGACCAACUGUUCUAGGGCACAGUCAUUUAGUGUAUCUAGAAAUUUGACCUCUUUGUCAUGACCUGACUGUGAAUUUACCCAGUCUAUGUCACCAGCUGCUGCUACUGUCCAGAAAGGGAGAAGCUGCAGAGAUUAAUGCUCUCUCAGCCAAGGACCUGCCUACUGCUAGAGUAAAGUAAAGGUAAAGUGUGCCAUCGAGUCGAUUUCUACUCCAGGAGCCCACAGAGCCCUGUGGUUGUCUUGGGUAGAAUACAGGAGGGGUUUGCCAUUGCCUCCUCGUGCACAGUGUGAGAUGAUGCCUUUCAGCAUCUUCCUAUAUCACUGCUUCCCAAUAUAGGUGUUUCCCAUAGUCUGCGAAACACACCAGCGGGGAUUCGAACUGGCAACCUUCUGCUUGUUAGUCAAGCAUCUCCCCACUGCACCACUUAAGGUGGCAGAUUGCUAGAGUACUCAGGUCAAACUCAGUGCUAGUUAGUUAGUAGUUAUUAUUAUUAUUAUUUUUAGAGAAGGCAUUGGAAAUGUGAACAGCGCCUUGCUUGACAGUGCAGGGAUUGUGAUCUCGAAACACUUAGUGGACAGUAGUGACACGGUUGUAGCGUGUAAUCUGGAAAGUGCCCAGGUCAUGAGCUACUGUUGAGUUGUUUUCCGAAUAGCACAUUGUUGUCUAGAGCUGGGUUUUGUGGGCAACCAAAUGGUUCAAAUUCGAACCGGUUCAAGUUCGAACUGGUUCACACAUCCCUAGUAGAGAUUAAUGCUCUCUCAGCCAAAGACCUGCCUACUGAUAGACUAAGGUAAAACUCAGGGCUAGUCAGUUAGUAAAUCCUUUUUGUAUUUCCUUUUGAAUUCCUGUAUUCCUUUCUUUACUCCCAGUUCCACCCUCUUUUCCCCCAGUUCCUUAUUCUGUGUGUGCAACCCUUGUAUCUUAAUAAAGUUCGUAUACUUAGAAGUGGCUUCUGUCUGAUUUAACCGGUUCUGGAGUGUUAUUUGCAAAACUCUUCCCCAUGUGCCCCGUAAGGUCAUUUGCUACUGCUGUGUUGUUUUCAGAAUAAAAUCUUGUUGUCUAGAGCUGGGUUGUGUGGACUCUGGCUGUACAGUGCCUGUAAGUCUCAAGUCGGACAGUUCUAGGUUGUGGAAGCCGUGUCCAAGCCUGGUCAGUGGCUUUCGAUCACUCUUCAACUGGUGGCAGCCUAACCCGAAGGAGUGGUGUGUUCCUGGAUAGAGAUCAGAGAUCAUCUCAGUAGAUAAUCUCUCUACUGAGGGUAGAUCCCAGGAAAGCUGAGAGUGGGGGAAACCACAUGAAUGCUUGGAGUGUCAAAAGAAUUUCAGGAGGGAGGCAAGCCUUGCUGUACAUGAGCAAACUCAUACAGAGUAAAAAUCAUACACAUGAAACUGCAGAGAAACCUGAGAAUCUGCCUCAUUGUGCAAAACAUAAAAUCCUCUGAAACAACAACUUCUGAUUUGACUUGCUUUUACCCUUGUUACCUUCUGAGCGGAUUGGGAGCCAGAGUUUUGUGUACUGCGUUAUGAAUAAAUGUGCAUAAAUCUUUCUAACUGA